AUGAUUGGACCAGCUAUACCAGCACAUAUACUCAAGGGAACCAAAAGUACAGAAGACAGUGAAGAGGAGACAGGGCCUAUGCCAGCAGCUGGGCCCAGCUCGCCGCCCAAGAGUACAACACCGCCUGCCGUUACUAUUGCAGGACCCGCAAUUCCUGAACACCUAUUGAAACGCCCCGAAACAAUUCAGCAAAAUCAAGGUGACGAUGAAGACGAAGAUGACGAUGCAUUCAUGCCUGCGCUUCCCCCAGACAUCGCCGGGACCUCUAAGCCAACUCCCCGACAAAUAGGACCAACACUUCCCUCCAGACCACCCCCAGACGAUUCAGAAAGCGAUGACGAUUACGGACCUAUGCCACUACCAGCAGGUCUAUCUUCUAAUGAUGACAACGAUGGUGUAAGAGAGUUUAUAGAGCGGGAAAAGAGGAGACAGGAAAAUAUCGAGGCAUGUCGCGGCGAAGCGAAAAAGCCCAAGGCACUAAAGCGCGAUGAUUGGAUGUUGGCGCCGCCCACUUCAAGCGACUUGUUCAGUUCACUUGACCCAACAAAGCUGAAGAAUCGGCAAUUCUCUCGCUCUACCAACGACAAAAAGGCAGCUGCGUCAAAUCUUUGGACCGAAACCCCUGCAGAGCGACAACAACGCUUGGCGGACGAAGUUUCGGGUAAACGAAAGCGUGCUGAAGAUGCAGCCGCCCAGGGAGUCAGUGCUACAGCUGACGACGAGGAUGUAGCCAAGAGGAGGAAACGGGACCGCGAGUUGAGGGAGCAGAUUGAAGCGCACAAUAAAUCUUCUCGAGGCAAGUCGCUUGUCGAGCUGCACACUCCAGCAACCAAAGACCCAAACGAAGCUCCCCCUGGUAUCUGGGAUCAUUCGCGAGACAUGGGUCUGACAGGGCGCCUCAUGGACGAGAGCUCGCGGCAAAAAAUGCUCAAGGACGCAAAGGGGUUAGGAGAUCGUUUCGGGCACAGUCGGAGCGGUGGAUUCUUGUGA